CAAACACCAGUAAUACGCACAUACAUAAUCAUGAAAUUCUACCUGGUAAUCCUAGGGGUGACACUACUCACGCUCGUUUAUUGCCAAGAUUUUGGAGUAUUAGAAGAAGCAGACGUUUUCGCAGACGCCUCAGCCGAUGAAACCUUAGCUGAAACUACAGCUGCGGCUGAAUCGACGGCAGCAGAAACGAUAGCUGAAACUGGCGAAACCACCGCUGAACAGACGACGCCGGGAGUGACAGAAGAAGUAACAUCAUCAAGUAUUGGUAUAUCGCUCUCACCAAAUGCCCAGAUACCAGAAACAACACUAGAAACUAACAUAUUGUGUCCCGGCAGCAUUGGAAUGACCGAUGAGUUAAGAUUGGCUUAUCUUGAUUUUCACAACGAUCGUAGGAGUUUGCUUGCAUUGGGACAAGCAGUCAAAAAUGACGAGACAAAAAUGCCAGGCGCUAAAAAUAUGCUGAAGUUGGUUUACGAUUGUAAACUGGAACGAUCGGCGCUGCAGUAUGCUGGUCAAUGCCCUAAGAUUGGAUCCGACCCGAGCUCAAGAGGUGAACAGGGAGAGAAUUUCUACCAGCUUACCGAAACCGGAGAAGACUUUUUGAAAGCCGUCAAUAAGUCCAGUCGUUCGUGGUACUCAGUUGUUACUGUGUAUCCUGGCCUUGGAAAACCCGCAAAGUAUCGUGCUAAUCACGUGGGAACUCCUCUUACAACAUUUACUCAGAUGGUGUGGGCUGUGACAAGAAGAAUGGGUUGCUCAGUUGUACAUUGCCCACCUUUCUUCACUUCUGUUUGUCGAUAUACUCCGGCAGGUAAUGUUGUUGGCGAAACCGUUUACGAUCCGGGAGAAACCUGCACAGCUUGUCCUUCUGAAACGACCUGCAAGCAGGAUAUGGGUCUUUGUAGCUGAAUGUGACAUGAGAAUGGCAAAUAAUUUCUGAUUUAAGAAUGCCAUCAAAACAUGAAUAUUUGAGCAAUACAUUCGAGAAUUUUGUUCUACUCUAGUCUAGUCGAACACAUAAAAACUACAGAUGUCGUAUUAUUUUAGUCGUAUAAAGGGUUUUCGAGUGUG